UAUCAGAGGACAGAAUAAGGAGACUCACUUCAUAAAAACUCCCCUUUAUCAGGUCGGAAAAUGACGACGGCGGUGCUGAAAGGAUUUGUGCUCUUCAUCUGCUUGUUCUUCACAGUAGUUCAGUCCAUCACAUGCGAAGCCAGCAAGAUAGAAUCGCGCAAAAAGCAUGAAAACGACGUGGCGCACCAAGGAUCUGCUAUUACAACAGGAGUGUGGAAUCAGGAGAAACCAAAGAGACUCUUUGCCAGAACUCGCUACCUGUCUCAGCAGAGACAUCAUGGGGCGAGACCUAAGCCCAGGCCCGAGGCGGUUUCCCCAGCCCAGACUCCAGCGCGCCGCUGUGCCGGUCUGACGGAGAGCUGCUCUUCGCUCACUCCCUGCUGCGAUCCAUGUGCUUCCUGCCACUGCCGGCUCUUCAACACCAUCUGCCACUGCUGGAGACUGGGACACCUUUGCCCCAAGAAGACCUAAUCACCCCAAACACGCACACGUAUACUUACUUAUUGGUGGUUCUCAGCUGCUUUUACUUCAGCGUUGAUUGCGCAAUACAUGUGCUUUAUCUUGCAACAACAAAAAUGGUUUUACACAUACAGUUGAAAUCAGAAUUAUUAGCUCCUCUGUAUAUUUUCCCCCCAAUUUCUGUGUAUCGGAAACACGUUUCUAAACAAUACUUUCAAUAACUAAUUUAUAAUUCAACUUUUAUCAUUGCCAUAAUGACAGCACAUAGCUGCAAGCUUUGAGUGACAUUA